AUGCCGACCCCCACUGCCCCGUCGAUUCCCCUUCUAGAUCUCUCCUGGGCCUCUUCUCCAUCGCAAAGACCCACUCUCCUCAAACAACUUCAUGCAGCACUGUUCGACGUUGGCUUCCUCUACAUCAAAAAUCAUGGCGUCCCGCAAACCACCAUCGACAACCUAACCAAUCUUCUGCCAUCUCUCUUCGACCUGCCCAAAGAGAAACGGGCCGCGUUGAGUAAAACCCACAGUCCUCACUUCGUAGGCUACAACGGCUUCGCGGAAGAAAUCACGCUGGGAAAGCAAGACUUGCGUGAACAAUUCGACUUCGCCACUGAAUUGCCGGUCACACACGAUCGAGACUUCACCAAGCUGUACUGGAGACUCCGCGGACCCAAUCAGUGGCCGAGCGAGCUAGAUCUGCCCGGGUUUCGAAAGGCCUUCACCGAAUACCACGAUGCUGUCCAAGAGCUGUCCUACAACUUUGUACAUCUGAUUGAAGAGGCUUUUGGCAUUCCCAUCGGUACAUUUGACCACUUCUUUGGCCGCGCGGCGCCAGUCACGACCCAGGCGAAUGGCUCCUCGGAGUCGAGAACGUUCCUGCCGCCUCAACAUCGGAUCAAAUUACUGAAGUAUCCCCCAUCGGAGCUUAAUGCUGUCGGCCAAGGCGUAGGAGCGCACAAGGACUCGUCAGGCUGGCUGACGUUCUUGUACCAAGUGUCUAACGAACCUGGCCUGGAGGUCUUGUCGGCAGACGACGAAUGGAUUCCUGCCACGCCCAUAGAUGGAACGUUCGUGGUCAACUUUGGAAAUCCUUUUGAAGCUGCUACUGAAGGCGCCGUGAAAGCCACUACACAUCGAGUCAUUGCUCCCGGCCCGGCCUCCAACACCCGCUACUCCAUCCCCUUUUUCCAGGGCGUGCCGUUAGACAUGACUGUCAGUGAGAUUCGCUCCUACAUUCCCGAACACGUUCGACGAUUGCGAAAGGAAGCCGGCGGCGAGCAGACUGUGAGUAGCUUUCUGGAUCCUCGAUGGGAUUCACUCGGCGAGAGCCAGUUGAGGAAGUGGGUCCGAAGUCAUCCAGACGUUGGCUUGAAAUUCUAUGGAAAGGAAGUGGUCGACUACUACACGGCUACUCAUUAA